UAAAUUUAUUUGUGCAUAGCUUGUUUUCCCUGCAUGCUCUGAAUGGAUAUACUGUGGGAUAGUUGGGGAACCCACUCUCAUUUAAAAAAUUUUGAAAUAAUAGGAUUUGGGGAAAGCCUCUGGAAACCAUGUUUUCUCAGAAAGAGCACUGGAGAAAGCUUUUGAAAAUAAUCAGGAGUUCCAAGUUACUUAAGUAGCAAGCUUAUGUCUUUGGGGGCUAGAGGAAGCCAGGUUGGACAAAACCACUGCUUAAUACUUCUGUUCUGAUGCAGUCCAUAGGGCUCCAUUUUGGCUAAAUCAUCAUAAUUCCCACCAAGACAGCACAGAAUGAUAAUGGUUUUAUUUAUUAUUUUAUAUGCAUUGCCAGUAUAUGCGAAGUUUUAUAGCUGCUAUAAAUCCAGAGGGAUUAUCACAGCUGUUACUUAUUUUAACAGGUCACAAUACAGUAGUUUAUGCCAGAUGGCUUGGAGAAUGUGGAGAGAAAAAAUUUAUUCAGGCAGCCAUAUAGAUACUAACUUAGGUAUUUGUGCUCUGAAAUUAGUUUGCAUUUGUUGUGAUAAGGGCUGAAGAUAAAGAUCAGUGGUAGAACACUUGACUAGCAUGUGUGAGGCCCAGGGCUCAAUCCCCAGUUGUGCAAAACAAAAUAAAAAAAAAUUGUUGUAUAAAAUACGUAUGAACAAACAACAAUUCUUUAUGAAUGAGUGAUCCAUUUUUAUAUUUUGGUGAUCUCUUAUUUGAAGGGAUGGGGUAGCAACAGUUCUAAUGGCUGCUACUCUAGAAUAGAUGAGAAGCAAAGUAUAGCCACAUUCAUAUCUAUGACAGGAGACAUUCAAUAGCUUCAGGGAAGUAAGCCUCUGUGGCAAAACUGAGUAUCCAUCACUGGGUCUUAGUACAUUUUAGAGCCAAAGAAAAUAAGACUGAGAAAUAGCUCUGGGCAAACACCAAGAGUAGGUAGAUAUGGUGGAAAAGGAGUAGAACUGGAAUUGGAACCCCCAUGGGCACCAACAAGGCCAUUUGGGGAUAAAAAGUUUACCCAGAUCUGAGCAUGUUUCUGACCAUACAGGUACUGAAGUUUCUAGGUGUAGUCAUUAAUUAUGAACACUCAGCAGAAAUGGAGAGAAAUAUAUUGGAAAUUCCUUGCGAAGUUAUCUUGGGUUCCAGUUCUCAUAGAGUAAUAGAUAAAAUGAAAGACUUACAGGAAACCUUGUAGAUGGUCUCUACCAUUUUUUUGAAGGGGGAAAAAAACAGAGGAUCUUUAAAUUCAGUCAUUUUUUUUUCUUUAAACAACAUCUGUAUGCUGGAAAUUAGACUGUCGAGGUACUUAGACUCCCUUGGCAGAUUCCCUCUAUUCUGCUUCUCCUCAGUCUGGCCUCACCAGUUCACUUCCUCUUUAGAUUUCUACUUCAUGCUGGGAGAAGAUAAUAUUCUCAACAUUCAAUACAAUUCAGACUCCAGGUCUAACACAUGGCUGAGUUUUCUUAGUAAAUUCUCUGUAAAUACCACCUCUAUAACUAAAUGAAAUUAUGUACAAUUUAAAAAUCCAUUUUCCCAGCUCCUACAAAGUAGGUGCCAACUAAGAUCUUUUGGCAUCAAGGAAAUACUCAAUUAAGUGGAUAUCCGUUUUAAAAAAUGGAUAUUCCAGUAUGCAGGGAGAGGCAGUAUUUCAGAAAUCAAUGAGUUCAUAAAUGUCAACUGAUAUAAGUAGUCUGUACCAUGGAAACCCACAACAUAGCUGGUAGAAGAAAUACAGCUUUGAAAAUGAAUAGGCUAGACAAUGCAGAAAUGCCUGUUCUUCUUGGAGCUGCUGGACUUCCAAUGACUAGGUUUUUGGAACACAGCCCUAAGUCUGGAAAUAAGUGAAAGCUUACUCAGAAGGAUGUUUUUCAAGGCUGUAAAUAGUUGUCAGGGAGCCCAUGCAUUUCAUCCUGAAGGCUCUUGCUCAGGUAAUUAGUUUUUUAGUGGACAGAUGUCACCAGGCUAUGGGUAAGUUUUGUAGCCAAAGACACUGAAGCCAGAAAGUAGCUCUAGGUAAACAUUAAGGAGAAAGUACGUAUGAUGGGAAAGAGGUGAUCUGGGCCUACUCUCAAUUCCAACUGUAAGGAAUGAGCUAGAAGGAGGGUGAGAGAAAUGACAGCUGAGAACUAAAUAUCAAAGAGCGAGCUUGGAAAUCCAAAAAGUGUCUUAGAACUGUGUUUCCAUAGAGACCAAUAAUAAGCCUUCUUAAUAAAGACCCUAAGUAAUCAGCAAAGCAUUAAACUGUGUUUUCCAUCGUCUGAUUAAAGAGAUAGGAAAAUGAAUUACUCAAGGUAGGCGAAUUCUGGAAUAAAAUCCCCAACAUUUCAGUGGCUUAUUUCUCACUUAGUAAGUCUAAUGCAGGUCAUUGUAUAGUCAUUUGUGUACCUAUCUUGGGGAUCCAUCACCCCCAUGGGGCCUCUGUUCAGCAAGCAGAGAAGAAUAUGGUAGGGAAUGGAUAGGAGCUUUAUGGGCCCUGCCUGGAGACACACAUCACUUUUAUCAGUGUUCCAUUGGCCAGUUCCUCUUCUGUGUCCAACCUCAUGCUGGAGAAAGGACCACACCUCAAUGUUGGGAUUAACAACAUCAGUGAAAAAGAUUUGUUUUUGAGCCACACUGUCAGUCAGAGAUUCACACUCUAGGGCCCAUAGGUAAAUCCCCCCUGCUCCCUGAUUUGUGUGAAUACUACAGACACUUAUUGGAACAUGGUGCAUUUUUACCACUGUGUUUGAGCUACCCCAGCAGAUGAGAGUGAUUUUAGCAGAGACCACAUGACUUGCAAUGCUGACAAUACUUUCUGUCUGACUCUUUUCAGAUCAAAUUUGUCCACUCUUGCUGUAGAUCUUCAUUAGCCUAAGGGAAGAAACAUUUGCAAUUCUUUCUCCUGAGACCUGGUAUCCUUGGCUUUCAAUAAAAAUAAGUGUGACACCCAUGUGGACAUGGGUAUAAACUAAGUCCUUAGAACUUUAGCUCUAUGAGGGAUCAGUCUCUGCACUGUCUCCAGUAGCUAUACUUGACAGUAAGUAUUUGAACUUUUGAGCCAUAGGAAACUUUAGGUAUCCUAAUCAUGGCACAGGGCAUGGGAAUCACAGGGGGGUGGGGAAUAUACAGUAUGAGCCCUGUAUAUGAAGACCUCAAACAGAGGUAGGAAGGACCCACCAACAUCAUGCUUUGUAACGGUUGUCUUAUUUACUCUUUUAGCAUACCUCUAAAUUAGAUAUUCUUACAUUCAUUUCACAAGUGAAGACGCCAAGUGUUACAGAAUUAAAGAAUGUUCCCAAAGCCACACUUGCUAAUGGAUUUGGAAGGUAGGAUUCAGGCAUAGGUCUUUCUGAGUUUAAAGCUCAUAUUUGUUUGUUUGUUUUGUUUUUCUCUAUGGGACUUUAUAAAACACUUCAAAUUGAAAUAAUGUGGUUAUAUUAAUUCCAUCACCACUGUUAAGAACCACCUAAGUAUUAAACAUUUCCCUAUGAAAGGGCAAAUAAUUGGCUGUUUUCAUCACCAUUUACAGUUCUGCACUCCUCAUCGUCAAGGUUCUCCUUUGAUGGAGCAGCCCUGAAAACCUAGAGCAAGUAGUUCAUCUGCUUGGACUGUGUGAUUUGUGACUUGGCCAUCAGCUACCUGCCGUCUUGCCUGGGAUUGUUGUGGAGGGCAGCCAUUUUGUUCACCCUUACACAAAUUCUCUUCUCAACACACUAGGAAAUUGGAGCUCACACAUGAUAGAGCCUCCCUCCAAUUGAAGUUGGUCUUAGAGGUUGUUAGCUUUAAGAUAGAUAGCCACUGAGCCUCACCCUCAGUGUGAUGCAGCAAGUUUGGGUGAGGGCCUGUGUAUAUCAUUUCUGAUGCCCUCCCCAUUGUUUGAUUUUGUUGCUCUUGCAGAUCCUUCAAGUAGAAUGGCUAAAGAAGCAAACAAAUAGUAAUCCUUGCCUUUCUUCGACCCAUCCCAACCCUCCACAGACUUUCCCAAAGCUUCCCAGAUCCAGGUCUGCCCUCCUUACUAAUAUCUCUGACAUGUGGCAUUGGCAUUCUUGAUCACACUGUGAUUUUGCAAUUCUGUCAUUCCCUAGCUUCCGAUGUGGGGUCUGUCCCCAUCCUGACCUGCUUCUCUGACUCAACUCUCUCUCUUCCUCUCUGCUCACCUCUUCCUUUGCCUUUAAACUUUGUGGUUCAUGGGCCCCUGGUUUUUGCCCUGGACACACUGUCUUCCAUGGGAACUCCUGCCAGAGUCCCUGUCCUUGCUGGCUGCUGGAGCCCCUCCAAACCGGUUGGCAUGAGCAAGGUUGGAAGAGUACUGCCAACACAGACUGACUUGAGUUCAAUGUGAUUCUUCAUGUGACCACAAUAAUUAAUUCAUAGUAAUGCCAAUUAGAAAGUAUUCUUUACACAGUGCUCCUGCAUACCCCGUGAUUUCUUGUGACCUUGGCAAAAUGUGUGGAGCUAAAGGCCUCACAGACAAAAUCUUGCUUAUAUAUUCAAAUCUGCCCAGGGCAUCAACCUCUCCCUUUACAAAUAGACAGCCUAGUCAGAAAAUAGUCAAGUUUCCCCUAAAUCAGUUUCAAAAGCCUCAAGACAAAUGAGCAAAUGGGCAUUCCACAAGGCCUCUUUGGAUAAUUUCAUUCAUUGGUUUCCUCCUUGCUAUAUAUUAGAUUGUAUCUCAUAAGCAUUGUUUUAAGUGGCCCUAAAUGACUCUGUCUUCUGCACUGGCCUGUUAUAUAUAGAACCUGCCUGCCUAAGGCAUGAACACACAGUGUCAUGGUUUUUAAUCCUGAUUCAACCUCGGAGCUGGUCUAGUAAAUCAUCCUUCCCUGGAGAUUAAUACAUGGCUGCAAAGGCAUUGUCCUUGCAGUGUGUUUAAGCCAGGGAAGAGUGAGUUGUGUAUAGAUGUGAGGCUGCAGACUCCAGAGAUGAAUGGGGGGAGGGGAUGCAAUGUCACAUCUUUCCUGCCCCUCUACCCCUGUUACAUGCCAGCACAUGCCAUAGCUGAUCUCAGUCCUUUGCCCCAGAAGGAGUUCUUGCCAUGGUUGGCAUCUCCAAUUCUUCUGCUGUGGCCAGAGGCUGGGGACUGGGAUGUGAGAGGGGAGCCACGGGGGUACAAUUCUGAGCAGCAACGGUGGGUCCAGCCUGUUGGUUGAUGUGGAGUCUGCCACCACUCUUGGUAUGGGUAACGCGCAGCCCUAGCGCUCGCGCUAUCGCACAGGUACAAGAAAUCCGGAUCCGGGAUCCUCCGCAACCUCUAGCUCGUGGAAGCGCACAAGCCGGCUCCCGCGCGCCGCCGAGUUUCGGGCUGGGGGCUGAGACCUGCAGAUCACUGCGGCUGGCAGCAGGGGACAGAUUCUUUCUAGCCUGAUUUUCUCUAGCCCGGCGGACACCGGAGAUGUUCGCGGAGCCGGGCUGCUGUCUGCGGAGCGUUGGUGCAGCCUUGCUUGCUGCUGGGGAGGUUUGGCUGCCGCAGUCCUCCCCAUUCACUGGGCUGUAAAUCGAAGCUGUCUGCGCGGGCCAGGCGCUCAUCCCAGCGUGGCCCCGGGGCUACGUCCCGCCCAGGUCUCCCGGCACCUGAUUUCCCAGUGGUCAAUUAGGUGGCUCAGCCUGCAGCAUUGAAGCAGUGGUGGGGCCAAUGCCCCUGCUUUGAUGGAGCGCGCCGUGCGCAGAGACCUCCCCAGUCGACUUCCUCAUCAGAAGGCAGCAUCCAUUCAUAAUUCUCUCUCCGCUUCUGGACCGAGUUAGACUGGAAUUGGGCAUGGAUUCCUGCGAUCUCUCUUCUUGCAUCUGAAGGAGAAACUAAGAUAAAAGAAAAAAAAAAGGAAGGAGGAAUGCGGUCGUAACGCACUAAGGCGCUGGAAAGCCCCACGCCCCCCCUUCCGAGGCCUCUCCUUUGCGGAGAGAGGGAGAAGAGGCAGAUCCCCAGCCCAGCGCCCAAGCCAGCUGCUGCUUCGCUGCGGAGCCGGCACGCAUGCCUACCUCACCUGACGGCCGCAUUCCCGGGGAGCCGGCACCCGGCCCGGCGGCGCGCCCGGGGCGCACGGGCGGUAGGAUUUCUGCACCUGGCGAAAGAUGCAGGGGCGCCUUGCCCAGGGCCGAGCCCGAGCCUGAACAGACGCCCGGGGAGGCUAGCCUCGGCGCGGCACCCCACCGCAACCCCUCGGGAUCCUCCACGACUCGCAGCCCAGGCCACGCGGCUGUUUCCAACUUGGACGUCGAGAGUAAGUUGAGUGUAUACUACCGUGCACCAUGGCACCAACAGCGAAACAUCUUCCUUCCAGCCACCAGGCCACCCUGUGUGGAGGAACUGCACCGCCAUGCCAGACAGAGUCUCCAAGCCCUGCGCAGAGAACACCGGAGCCGAAGUGAUCGCAGAGAGCAAAGAGCUGCUGCUCCCCUCUCCGUAGCUGCUCCACCGCUGCCAGCCUACCCUCCAGCUCACAGCCAGAGGAGGCGCGAGGCCAAGGACCGUCACUUCCUAACGUUUAACAGCACCCGUUCGCCCUCCCCCACUGAAUGUUGCCACAUGGCCCCAUGGAGUAGAAAGUCCCACUCUCCAGAGGAUGAAGACACAGAUGUCAUGUUAGGGCAGAGGCCGAAAAAUCCAAUACACAAUGUCCCCUCUACACUGGAUAAGCAGACCAACUGGAGCAAAGCACUACCUCUCCCGACUCCCGAGGAGAAGAUGAAACAAGAUGCCCAAGUGAUUUCUUCUUGCAUUAUUCCCAUCAAUGUCACUGGAGUUGGUUUUGACAGAGAAGCAAGUAUCCGCUGUUCUCUUGUUCACUCACAAUCUGUACUACAGCGGAGACGAAAAUUGAGGAGACGGAAAACAAUCUCGGGGAUUCCCAGAAGAGUUCAACAAGAAAUAGAUUCUGAUGAAUCUCCAGUGGCCAGGGAAAGGAAUGUGAUUGUGCACACAAACCCAGACCCCUCCAACACUGUCAAUAGGAGGUCCGGAACCAGGGACUCUGAAUGCCAAACUGAGGAUAUUCUGAUUGCUGCCCCAUCCAGAAGAAGAAUCAGAGCUCAAAGGGGUCAAAGCAUUGCGGCAUCCCUUUCUCAUUCUGCUGGCAACAUCUCCGCACUGUCAGACAAAGGUGAUACCUUGUUUACUCCUGUAGUGAGCAGCCGCACAAGAUCUCGGAGCCUUCCUCGAGAGGGAAAUAGAGGUGGAGAUGCUGAACCCAAAGUUGGUGCUAAACCCUCAGCAUAUGAAGAAGGAGAGCCUUUCGUGGGUGACAAUGAAAGAACCCCUAAUGAUUGUAGUGAAGCUCCAAGCAGCCCACGUGCACAGGAACACCAGCCUGCUUUGGGCCUGGCCUGUUCUCAACACCUUCACAGCCCCCAGCACAAGUUAAGUGAGAGAGGGAGGUCACGUCUGUCCCGAAUGGCUGCUGACUCUGGAAGCUGUGACAUCUCCUCCAACUCAGACACCUUUGGAAGCCCCAUCCAUUGCAUUUCCACAGCUAGUGUCCUCCUGAGCAGCCACAUGGACCAGAAAGAUGACCACCAGUCGUCCAGUGGGAAUUGGAGUGGGAGCAGCUCCACAUGCCCCUCACAGACCUCAGAGACAAUCCCUCCUGCAGCUUCUCCUCCUCUCACUGGCUCGUCUCACUGUGACUCGGAAUUGUCACUGAACACUGCUCAUAAUGCUAAUGAAGACACCAGCGUCUUUGUGACAGAACAGUACAAUGACCACUUGGAUAAAGUAAGAGGCCACCGGACGAACUCCUUUACCUCCACUGUUGCAGACCUGCUGGAUGACCCCAAUAACAGCAAUACAAGUGACAGUGAGUGGAAUUAUCUGCACCACCAUCACGAUGCAUCCUGCCGCCAAGAUUUUAGUCCUGAGCGUCCAAAGGCAGAUAGCCUGGGCUGCCCAAGCUUCACAAGCAUGGGCACCUAUGACAGCUUUCUGGAGAAGUCUCCUUCAGAUAAAGCAGAUACUAGCUCUCAUUUCUCAGUGGACACAGAAGGAUACUAUACCUCGAUGCACUUUGACUGUGGUCUCAAGGGUAAUAAGAACUAUGUCUGUCACUAUGCAGGCCUGGGCCCAGAGAAUGGUCAAAGUGUAGGGGUUCCUCCUGGUCUUCCGGACUGUGCCUGGCAAGAAUACUUAGACCACAGGAGGCAAGGGAGACCAAGCAUCUCUUUCAGGAAACCAAAGGCAAAGCCAACUCCACCUAAACGGAGCUCAUCACUGAGAAAAUCUGAUGGAAAUGCAGAAAUUUCUGAGAAGAAAGAACCAAAGAUAAGCAGUGGUCAGCAUCUGCCCCACAGUUCCAGGGAAAUGAAGCUGCCUCUUGAUUUCUCCAACAUGCCUUCUCGAGUGGAAAAUGCCAAUCUGCCUGCAAAGCAGGACUCUUCUUGGAUAAAUCAGAAUGAACAUUCUGUUAAAGAACCUCAGAUGGAUGACACUACAGACAUUUCACCAUUCAAAGAUGAAGGUGCUGAAUCAACUCACUAUGCAGACCUCUGGCUUCUAAAUGACUUGAAAACAAAUGAUCCUUACAGAUCCUUAUCCAAUUCAAGCACUGCUACGGGUACCACAGUGAUUGAAUGCAUCAAAUCUCCAGAGAGUUCUGAAUCCCAAACAUCCCAGUCAGAAUCAAGGGCAACCACUCCAUCUCUUCCUUUGGUUGAUAAUGAAUUUAAACUGGCUUCACCAGAAAAGCUGGCUGGCUUAGCAUCUCCAUCAAGUGGCUACUCAAGCCAGUCAGAAACACCAACCUCCUCUUUCCCUACAGCUUUCUUUUCAGGUCCUUUAUCUCCUGGGGGUAGCAAAAGAAAACCUAAAGUCCCAGAAAGGAAAUCUUCACUACAGCAACCAUCUUUAAAAGAUGGAGCCCUAUCAUUGAGUAAAGAUUUUGAACUUCCAAUUAUACCUCCUACUCAUCUUGACCUAAGUGCUCUUCAUAAUGUUUUGAAUAAACCAUUCCACCACCGUCACCCACUGCAUGUUCUUACUCAUAAGCAAAACACAGUAGGAGAUAUGCUGAGGUCGAAUCCUCCACCGUCUCUUGCAAUUACACCAACAGUCCUGAAAUCUGUCAACCUGAGGUCUAUCAGUAAGUCUGAAGAAGUUAAGCAAAAGGAGGGCAAUAAUACAGAUCUCCCCUACCCAGAAGAGAGUGCAGUUCCUGUGGCUUCAGUGGCUUCCUUAUCUCCAGGCAAGACAAGGCCACACACAGCAAAGAAAUCAAUAUCACGCCAGUACUCUGCUGAAGACACCCUCCUGCCCUUUUUAGAUUCCUCUGCAGUUGAGAUGGGACCAGAGAAACAUUUGGAGAAGAACCUUACUUCUGGUGGGAAGAGUCACUGUGAUCCAGAAACUGUAACCUCAGCUAAUAGCAAUCUUCCUGAUUCAAAUGUGAUGAAAGACCAAAUUCAGACAGGAAAUGAGCUAAGCUCAGAAAACAUACCAAGUAAGAACUGUGGAUUUUCAACAGGAUUUCAGAGGGUCUCAGCUGCCCACCCCAAUGAUUUGGGUAGUAAAAUGAUACAGUAUGGAGCUAGUCCAGAUGGAGCCCUCCAACAAGGACAGAAGAUACCCUCUGAAGUUGGGGAAGAAGGUGCAAAACAGAAAUUUGUGGAUGGAAUCACACUUCAAGCCAACUCGCCAAGUAGAGUAACAGACAUAAACAGUCAACAUAAGCAUCAGCGUGUCGUGAGCCGCCACCAUGACAAAGUGCCUGUGACUAUCCACCAUGAGUCAGAGACGUCAACUCUAAAUUCAUUCCCUGAAAAAUGUUCUGAGCAGGAAAAUAUUGCUUCAGGUAUUUCACCCAAAAGUGCCUCUGAUAACAGCAGAGCAGAGGAGACCCAAGGAUGUAUGGAUGAGACUUCAUUGAAAGAAUCAUCACCAAGUGAUGACUCCAUCACUUCACCACUCAGUGAAGACUCUCAAGCUGAAGCUGAGGGUGUGUUUGUGUCUCCAAACAAACCUCGAACAACUGAGGAUCUAUUUGCUGUCAUUCACAGAUCCAAGAGGAAAGUACUUGGACGAAAAGAUUCUGGAGACAUGUCUGUUAGAAGCAAAUCAAGAAUUCCCCUCGGCGGCAGCAGCAGCAGCAGUGCCAAUUCUGUCACUUCCCCCAGCAGCAGCAAUGUGACAGCUGGGACUAGCCAGAGGUCUCCUGGUCUCAUCUACCGAAAUGCCAAAAAGUCCAACACAUCCAACGAAGAGUUUAAGCUACUGCUCCUCAAGAAAGGCAGUCGCUCAGAUUCUAGUUACCGCAUGUCUGCCACUGAAAUCCUGAAGAGCCCCAUCCUGCCCAAACCUCCUGGUGAGUUCACUUCAGAACCCGCACAAAGCCCUGAUGAUAACCACCAGGGCACACCUGGGGCUGAAGCAUUGUCCCCUCUGUCACCUUGCUCUCCACGAGUCAAUGUAGAAGGGUUUUCCUCCAAAAGCUUUGCCACGUCAGCCUCAGCACGGGUUGGACGCUCCCGGGUCCCUCCUGUGGCCAGCAGCAGCCGCUACAGUGUCCGCUGCCGGCUGUACAAUACCCCAAUGCAGGCCAUCUCCGAGGGAGAGACUGAAAACUCUGAUGGGAGCCCACAUGAUGACCGAUCCUCCCAGAGCUCCACAUAGUCUUCUUCUUGAGAUGAGAUGACCUCAGAUGUCCAACUCCUUACUAGAUGAAAGGAUUUUGUGACACCGUGGAGGAACCGGGAGAAAUGGCAACAGGGUGGGGGUCGCAUUGAUGCUUGGCAUAUGUGCUGAUGAAACAGAAAGCGGUUGUCAUUUUUUAUUAGUUUUCAUGUUUUCCGUAGCCGUUCUGUCUCUCGUGGUUUUCUUUAGCAUAGGUUGAUUUAUCCGAUCUCAUUCCUUGUGAUAAUAGAGAAUACAAAAGUAUCUAACUUUCUUGAAACCUAGACAAGGUUUUCCCAGAGCUGCCUAUUCCGAAAAUAAAGCCCUCACUGUCAUGAUACUAUAAGAUGAAAUUACUCUGGAGGUUUGGUAUUUUUUUAAAUUAAGAUGAACUAAAGCAAAAUUUAGAAGAAAGAACUACACAUAUGUAAAUACCAUAUUUUUGAUAAAAAGGUGUAAAUAGAUUUAUCAAUGAUGAGUGGACAAGCCAAUUAUCUACCAUACACCAACUAUUUAUAGGACACAUAAAAUAAAGUAUAAUAACUGUAUUCUGUGAAUACCAUUUUCAUAUCAAAUACCAUAUUUAAAUGUCCACCAAUAUGAUUUCUGAGUGAUAAACCUCAAAUAUGAUUUUAAAAUUGGUGAAAUAAUGGAAAUAUUGAGAUCAUGUACUGAAAUGUGAUUAAUUUAAAAUAAUGAAUUCAGACCUAAUCAUUGUUGUGACAAAUUAUAGCAGAAACAAGCUAAUUUGUGGCUGUGAUUUGCCAUGUGGCAAUUUGAACAGAAUGAAAAGCAUGCUUUUGAUUUUUUUUUAAACAAUGAAAGAAAUCAUCAUUCUCAGUGCAAAGUUUUCUUCCCCCAAUAGCAUUAAGCAGUGUCCUUUAGAAUUUAAUUUUUCAAUUGAUUGCUUUAAGAGAAUGAGUAAAAAAAAACCCAGUAGUUAAUUUUAGGUCACGUUUUAUAUAAGGCUACUGGGGACAAACAGUCAUAAUCUAAUGACUAUACUCUUUAAGCUUCUUAAUUAGCUCCAGGUUCUUAAACUAACAGAAAUAAAACUUAAGCAUGCCACAGAGCUAUUGACUUCUCGAUGGGUUGUCAGUGAAGCUUUCUAUCUGUGCUGAUGAGAUUCAUGCUACCUAAAACUUAACAGAAACAACACUGUGAACAAUGUAGUUGGGAAAUAGGUAUGUGUAUAUGCAUUAUUUAUAUUCAUUCUUCAACUGGGCAUGGGGAGCAGCUCUGGUUCACAAUGCUACAUACAAUGAAUUUGUGUCUGGUUUUACUAGAUCUGCUUGAUGGCAAAAGGGGAGGGUGGUGGGUGGGAACGGAAACUUCAGGGCAAGUGCUCUGAUAAAAUGAAGGCAGGGAAACAAGCUGAAUUACUUGAAAUUACUUGAAUUUUCUUGUCUUAAAACUGAAAAAAAAAGUAUAGUAACAAGUUGAAAUCUGCAAGUGGUUCUCACACCUCUGAUUUUCACGUGAACUGAUACUAAUGUUUGAAAUCGUACGUCGGAAAUAGAAGCACCUAUGUACUUGGAAUAGGUUUUGAAUGAGAGCAGUAGAAAUUAGAAAGAGCUAAGAAGGGGUAUGAUCUGUGAAAGACUAGAACAUGAUGACAAUGACUGAACACACCAGGGUUGCCAAGAAAUUGAUAAGCAGGUGGCUUUAUGCCUACACAAGUGGCAUUUGAGAAAGUAAAAUGUAAAAAAGGAUUAACUCAUGCGAAAUGAAGGAGAAAGUUUGGUCUAAGAAGACACUGUCUUUCAAUAGGAAUUCAUGAUAACAUUUACAGAUUAAGAAUUAAAGAAUCUGUUGUUGGUGUUUUGGUUCUUGUGGAGAAAAGUCUGGCUUCUUCAAUAUUUGUUUUUAAUACCAAAUUAUAUUAGUUAAUUUCUUGUCAUUCUUGUAUGUAAAAUGGGUGUUGGGGGUGGAGGGGUAGAGGAGGAGAUUGAGAACUAGGAGAAAGAAUGAGAGAGAGUGAGUGCAAGUGUGUGCUGGGGAUAGAUUAACUACCUGGUAAAGGGUUUGAACAUAUACAAACUGUUAUAAUUUUACUAAAGGAAAAAUGUUGGGGUUUGAAAAAAAUGGACCAUCAUUUCUCAUUGGAACACAUAACUCAUUAAAAAAAAACAAAAAAAAAAGAAAAAGAAAAAAAAAAGAAAAACAAAGAAAAAAUACACACAAAACCAGCAUGGUUUGACAUCAUGUGGGGUCAUGAACAAAUCUGUCUCAUGCUUUGAAAAGUACACAGCAAAAUUUUAAAAAUGGAAGUUUUUAGACAAAUGUGAUAAGGAACCAUCAUUUCCAGUCACAGUAGGUGAUCAUUUGUAAUUUUCAUAAAAGCAGUUCGUUUGCAGUAUGGCUUUUGUGUAGCUAGGGGUUUUUUAGUAUGAAGAAAGGUAUGUGGGCUUUAAAAGUGAUUCUAAAUCUUGACUAGAAAAUCACGUAAAUUGGCUUUAAUAAAAAUGUCACCUUUAAAUAUUGACAUUAAGUUAAUUAAUUGUACCAUAUAUUUUUAAAAUACAUGUUUGACUUGAAUUGUGAGGCAAUAAGAUACCAUUGAUGUGAUGAUCACAGAACCAACCCUUAUAGUUUCACUUAUUUUGUUUACUCUAAAAAUCUAUAGCAGAGUUCCUCUAUUUUGUAUUUCAUAGAUUUAAAGAAAUCCCAAAUAAAGAUGGAUUUUAGAUUCACUGUGGAUAAGAAUAUUGAAUAAGAAAGUUUAAAAAGCAAGCAAAUCCUUAAUAAUCUGGAAUAGUCUACAAAGCUUUAGAAUAUACUAAACAAGACAAAGAUGCAGGGCUGUCUUAACAUCACUGUCAGCUCGAAGCAGAGUACACACAUUAGGUAUUGUUUAAAAAAAUAAAAUAAAAUAAAAACUGAUCCAAACUUUUCUUCUGUUGUUUGCACUGAUGCUAUCUUUUUUUUUCUUCUGUGUUUAAUCCAACAUGUUUAUAUUGUGUGGGGAAAUUUCUAUUUUACUUUCUUGCUUUUCUGGUGAUUCUGGUUUGAUUUUUCUUGUUUUGUUUUUGGCUAAGUAGAGAACAUGGACUAGUUGUAGCAAACAAAACACACCGUUUGCUCUUGCCUGUGAGUACAUUCUCUGCAGUGAUGGUAACUUAGAGGAUGGGAAGGUAACAAAGCCUGAUCUAUAAAGGUUGUGGUAUAACUAUUUUGGUACUAGAACCAGUUCAUGCUGGCCGAAAAGACAAUAGUUUUUGGACUUGCAUCCAUUUUGUAUUUUUGUAACAUUUGUAAAUAAAACUUUUUAAAUUGUUGCAAAGAUGGUUUCUUUUGUAAGAUGUUUUCAACGUUUACAUUCAGUCAAAGCCUUUGUAUAUUUUAGAGCUGUGCAACACUUUAAGUCUUGUAUUUAUUUUUAGUAAAAACGGUGACAGUUUCAUUGUGAACCCCUCUAAAAAAUGUAUCAGAAAAGUUUGAUUACCUAGAAAGUGUGUAUAGAGACUGCAAAUAAACGUGACUGCAAUUAAA